AGGCAGACAGACAGACGUACAGACAGACAGAGAGCCGUGGACUGUACGGCGAACUGUUGGGAACUGACUAACGGAGAAAUUCCUGCCGGAGGCUGAUCACGUCGCUGUAGACUCUCCCCCACAUUUUAUGAAAAAGGAAAACAACUUUCGUCGCUCCACAGAGCUUCAGGGUGUUGAUGAUGGCAGUGUGGAUUCAGGCCCAGCAGCUUCAGGGAGAUGCGCUUCACCAGAUGCAAUCACUGUAUGGCCAGCACUUCCCCAUUGAAGUGCGACAUUAUCUGUCCCAGUGGAUAGAGAGCCAGCUCUGGGAUGCCAUAGACCUGGAGAACCCACAGGAGGAGUUCAAAGCUAAACGUCUGCUGGAUAGUCUGAUACAAGAGCUGCAAAACAAGGCUGAGCACCAGGUUGGAGAAGAUGGUUUCCUACUUAAAAUCAAACUGGGUCACUACGCUAAUCAACUCAAGAGCACGUAUGACCGCUGUCCGCUGGAGCUGGUCCGAUGUAUCAAACACAUCCUCUACACAGAGCAGAGGCUCAUCAGAGAAGCAACAAAUUCAAGCUCUCCAGUGGGCGGGAUGAUGGACAGUAUGUCUCAGAAGUACCAGCAGAUCAACCAAGGCUUCGAGGAGCUUCGCCUGCUCACCCAAGACACUGAGAACGACCUGCGUAAGCUCCAGCACAACCAGGAGUACUUUAUCAUCCAGUACCAAGAAAGCCUUCGGAUCCAGGCUCAGCUGUCCAGCCUUGCCACUCUGCCCCCUUCUGACCGGCAGCUGCGGGAACCCGCCCUCCUCAGCAAGAGAGCUACCGUGGAGGCAUGGUUGACAAGAGAAGCCAACACACUACAGAAAUACCGCCUGGACCUGGCAGAGAAGCAUCAGAAAACACUGCAGCUGUUGCGAAAGCAGCAGACCAUCAUUCUGGAUGACGAGCUGAUCCAGUGGAAGAGACGGCAACAGCUGGCAGGCAACGGGGGCCCGCCGGAGGGGGGCCUGGACAUCCUUCAGUCCUGGUGUGAGAAGCUUGCAGAGACUAUUUGGCAAAACAGGCAGCAGAUUCGGCGGGCCGAGCACCUGAGGCAGCAGCUGCCCAUCCCCGGACCUAUCGAAGAACUCCUCAAUGAACUCAACAGCACAAUCACAGAUAUCAUCUCAGCUUUGGUCACGAGUACCUUCAUCAUUGAGAAACAACCACCCCAGGUUCUGAAGACCCAAACCAAGUUUGCCGCCACAGUACGCCUCCUAGUGGGAGGGAAGUUGAACGUGCACAUGAACCCUCCUCAGGUCAAAGCCACCAUAAUUAGUGAGCAGCAAGCCAAGGCCUUGCUGAAAAAUGAAAACACAAGGAAUGAGAGCAGUGGAGAAAUUCUUAACAAUAACUGUGUGAUGGAGUACCACCAGACUACAGGCACUCUCAGCGCACACUUCAGAAACAUGUCUUUGAAAAGGAUCAAGCGAUCAGACAGACGUGGAGCAGAGUCAGUCACAGAAGAGAAGUUCACCAUUUUGUUUGAGUCCCAGUUUAGCGUUGGAAGCAAUGAACUUGUCUUUCAAGUUAAGACAUUAUCCCUUCCUGUUGUGGUGAUAGUUCAUGGUAGCCAAGACAAUAAUGCCACAGCAACUGUAUUGUGGGACAAUGCAUUUGCAGAGGCGGGUCGAGUGCCUUUUCUCGUGCCAGAUAAGGUGCUUUGGCCUCAGCUGUGUGAAGCCAUCAACAUGAAGUACAAGGCAGAGGUGCAGAGCAACAGAGGGUUAUCUGAGGAGAACCUGGUCUUCCUGGCUCAAAAAGCUUUCAGCAGCUCCAGCAACAAUCCUGAUGACUACCGGAGCAUGACGAUGACCUGGUCACAGUUUAACAGGGAAAGCUUGCCAGGAAGGAACUUCACAUUUUGGCAGUGGUUUGAUGGUGUUAUGGAACUUACAAAGAAGCAUCUCAAACCUCACUGGAAUGAUGGAGCCAUCCUGGGCUUUGUUAACAAGCAGCAGGCUCAGGAUAUGCUGAUGUCCAAACCCAAUGGCACUUUUCUUCUACGCUUCAGUGACUCUGAGAUUGGAGGCAUAACAAUUGCAUGGGUGGCAGAAAAUCCCAACAAAGCAGGUGAGCGAAUGGUUUGGAAUCUGAUGCCCUACACAACUAAAGACUUCUCCAUUCGCUCCCUGGCCGACCGAAUCAGUGAUCUCAAUCACCUCCUGUUCCUCUAUCCUGACAGACCCAAAGAUGAGGUGUUCUCCAAAUAUUACACACCACCCCUCUCUAAAGCAGUGGAUGGCUAUGUGAAACCACAAAUCAAACAAGUAGUGCCUGACUUUGCUACAGCUAAUCCAGACCCAGUCAGUGGAAAUCCAACAUAUAUGGAUCAAGGCGCCUCUCCAGCUCCUGUUAAUCACUCUCACCCUUAUAGCAUGUACUCAGCUAUAGCUGACCCCGUGUUAGACGGAGACGGAGACUUCGACCUGGACGACACCAUGGAUGUGGCUCGGCAUGUGGAGGAGCUUCUACGGAGGCCUGUAGAGAGUCAGUGGGGGGGCCAGCAGUCCUGACCUUUGACCUGUCGACAUGCAAUGCAACCAAACAAGCCCUGCCCCACCUCUCGUUAACAUGGUUUAAUUCCAUUCAUCUCUGUUUUGUUUCGUUUUUUUCAUACUACUAUAAGGUAAAAUUGUUAAUAAUGGCUGUUUGUUUCCUUUUUCCUUUCAGUGUAAGACAUGCAUGUCAGUGAUUUCACAUUUUUUUUUGUGUGUGUCCAUAACUGUUUGUACAACAGACUAGAUUAAACCAACCUACAAUGUUACAGUGUCGUGGAAAACAAAGGAAGAAAUAUCGUCCAUGGAAAUUGUGCAUGUAUUUUCAAUUGUUCUUCAAUUCAUUUUGAAAAGUAUGCUACUGUAUGACGUUAUUUCAGAAGUUGAAUGUUUUUUAUUUUAUAUUCUCUGCUUUGUAAAUUUGUUAUUGUUGCUAGUGACACUGAUCUUGCCCUUUUGACGAAAGAGAAACUUUAAAGA